CAAGAGUUUCAGAGACUGACCAGAGAAAGGUAUUUGUGAACUGAGCUCAUAAUGAGAGUCCCAGUAAAGCUCCUCGGCUUCGGCUUGUGGUGGUUUUUCUUAAAUUGUGCCCGAUGUCAAGGCAAUGUGCAUUGUGGCAUUCCUCCAUAUGUGGAAAAUGCAAUCAUAACAUCUAAACCUGAAGAAUCUUAUCCUGAUGGAUCUAGCUUAACAUACGUAUGUCGAAAAUCAUACUUCAUCAGUGGAGAAAGUAUGGUUACCUGUCGCAAUGGAAGAUGGGAAACAAUACCAACAUGUCAAGAUUGCUCCGCUGUAAUAAACACUGGGUCUCUUUUGUCACGUAUUGUGGGUGGUAAGGAGGCUGUGAAGGGUCAGUGGGUUUGGCAGACCAGUUUACAAUAUCAGCGCAAACACUGGUGUGGAGGAGCCAUCAUCAGCCCUCGCUGGGUCAUCACUGCUGCCCACUGCUUCAUUAAAUAUAGCACAAAGCCAGAGUCGGACUGGACCGUGGUGGUUGAUACCGUGGACAUCUCGGAUCCGUCUCAGGGAAAACGCUACCACGCACUUCAGAUACACCAGCACCCACAAUUCUCAGAGAAGAAUCUUGACCACGACCUGUGUCUGCUGCGCACACAGACAGAGAUGGAGAUGGGAGAUGGCGUUAGACCCAUGUGUUUGCCCCGUCUGACAGAUUCUUUCCCUUCGGGAUCGUCCUGCUGGGUGGUGGGCUGGGGUCGCACAAAGGAAAGUGGGUCUGUGACGUCACACAUGAGAAAGGGAUCGAUUCAGCUGAUCAGUCAGACCGUCUGCUCACAGCCCAACGUGUACGGCUCACGGCUCACUCCCAGAAUGCUCUGCGCCGGUUUUAUGGAGGGAGGAGUGGACUCCUGUAAGGGAGACAGCGGGGGUCCUCUGGUGUGUCAGACUGAAGCGGGUGACUGGCGAUUGGCUGGUGUGGUGAGUUGGGGUGAAGGAUGUGGACGAGUCAAUAAACCUGGUGUUUUCAGCGCAAUCACUUCACUGCUGCAGUGGAUUCAUCAAACCAUCAGUGUAAACACGCACCACAUCACAGAGAGUGUUACGAGUUCAGAUUAAACUCUAUAAACCACAUCCACCGGAUGGUUAGCACCAUCAAAAAAACAAGCAAAAUAAUAUUAACAGGGUUGUCAAAAUAGCUGAAAAACUAAAUUCGAAAUAAUUACUUAAAUAUGAUCAAUAUUCCAAUUAUAUUAAAAUUUAUAUUAAUUUUAGUUAGGGUGGAAAAAAGCUUUUGUCUUCUCUCCUGAGGCCACAAGAGGGUGAAUCGAGCAAAAUAUUACAAAUGCACGUUUACUCAAAGAAAUAAAAUAACAUGACUAUCUUUGAAAAAAGUGCAUAAUGUUUAAAUUAAUGUUUAUAAACUAUAUAUAAUGUGUGUGUGUGUGUGUGUGUGUGUGUGUGUGUGUGUGUGUGUGUGUGUAUUUGUAUAUACAUAAUAUAUAAUGCAUCAUAUAAAAUAUGCCGAUUCAUCAUUUGGAAGCACUUAUUAUAAUAUUUAUAAUAAACUUACUUAUAAAUCGUAACUUAAAUAAAGUUGAAAUUGCAUAAUUUAAUGAGUUUAAAUAAUGGAAAAAAAAAAACAUUUUGACUUGGCUUAUUGAUUAUAUCAUUUUUACAGUGCACGAUAACUUUAAUUAAAUAAGUGCAAAACUCUUUAUUCAGACUUUGGUCUGAACCCAGAACAUUCCUUGAGUUAUGUCAGCAUGCAUUUAUAAUAAGUCCAUUAACAUUUCUGUAAUUUA